AUGACCAGAAGAAACCAUACUUCACUAACUGAAUUCAUCCUGUUGGGAUUAGCAGACACAAUGGAGCUACAGGUCAUCCUCUUUUUGCUUUUUCUGGUGAUUUACACACUUACUGUUUUGGGGAAUGUUGGGAUGAUCCUCUUAAUCAGGACUGAUUCCCAACUUCACACACCCAUGUAUUUCUUCCUGGCUAACUUGUCCUUUGUGGAUGUUUGUUACUCCUCCACCAUCACCCCAAAGAUGCUGGUAGACUUAUUGUCAGAGAAGAAAACCAUCUCCUUUGCUGGCUGCUUCCUGCAAUUGUACUUCUUCAUCGCCUUGGCCACAACUGAAUGCAUCCUCUUUGGGUUAAUGGCCUAUGACCGCUAUGUGGCCAUAUGCAACCCACUACUUUACUCCUUGAUCAUGUCCAGGACUGUCUGCCUCAAAAUGGCAGCAGGGGCUUUUACAGCAGGAUUCUUGAACUCCAUGGUUAACACAAGUUAUAUAAGCAGCUUGCCAUUCUGCAGUUCCAAUGUCAUUCACCACUUCUUCUGUGACAGCCCUCCACUUUUUAGACUCUCAUGUUCUGACACACGCCUGAAUGAAAGCAUCUUUUCCACAUUUGCUGGUAUGAAUAUGGUCGGGGCUUUGUUGGUCAUCCUGACCUCUUAUUCCUACAUUCUGUUUUCAAUCUUCCAUAUGCAUUCAGGGGAGGGGAAGCGCAAAGCAUUCUCAACCUGUGGCUCUCACUUGACAGCUUUAACUCUGUUCUAUGCCACCGCCAUCUACACCUAUCUGAGACCUAGUUCCAGCUACUCCCUGAUAAGGACAAAGUGGCUUCUGUGUUCUACACAGUGGUGA